AUGGAUAUACCCAGCCCAUCCUGGCCCCUUAGGCCCCUUACUACUCCAUCUUCCCCGUCAGGAGAGAUCGAGCGGCCUCGGAUAAUAGCUGGCCUAGAGGACGUCCACGUUGUGUUUAAGACUGGCGCAACCGAAGCACUAGCAAAGGUUCCAGUCCACUUUAACACGACCUUGCGAUAUGUCCCCCAUUUCACAUUAUUCUCUGACUACGAGGAGGACAUUGCCGGGUUUCAUGUUUAUGAUGUUCUGCGAAGCGUCGAUGCGGCGAUCAGAAAUAAGCAUCCGGACUUUGAACUCUAUAGGCGCCUUCGCGACAAAGGUAGGGAAACUCUAUCGACAUUGAACACGAACUCAUCCAACGACGUGAGCACUCCCGCAGGGAAACCAAACAAUCCUGGCUGGAUCUUGGACAAAUGGAAGUUCCUCCCGAUGAUGCACGAAACUCUCGGCUUUCGGGGUAACGCCAAGUGGUACGUCUUCAUGGAGGCAGACACGUAUAUACUCUGGGAGAAUUUAGUAGCCUGGCUCGAGAACUUCGACUCCAGUAAGCCACACUUUCUUGGCCACCAGAUGCAAAUUGGAGAUAUUAUAUUUGCCCACGGGGGGUCUGGCUUUGUGCUAUCCCGUGCGGCUCUGGAACGUGUGGUCGAGUACCAUUCCUCUCGAGUUAAGGAAUGGGAUACGCUCACGGAUGAUCACUGGGCUGGCGAUGCCAUUCUUGGGAAGGCUUUAAAAGACGCGGGCGUCAACCUUCUUUGGUCCUGGCCGAUGCUCCAAGGCUCGACGCCCUGGGAUUUUGAUCACUUUUCACCUGGUUAUCAAAAACUGCCCUGGUGCUAUCCUCCAAUAGCCUAUCACCACAUGGGCUCGGAGGAUAUCAGAGAACUAUGGGAAUUCGAGGAGAGAUGGUCUAAGAAGAAUGGCAAUUUGACCCUCAUACAUUAUCGUGAUGUAUUCCAGGAGCUCACACAACCUCGUUUUAAUGCUACGGAGGAAGCUUGGGAUAAUGGCUCCCUGGAUGUCGCCGCAGGAGUUGAGACGGCGACAGAGUGCGAACGGCAUUGCGCCAAAGACCUAGAGUGCCUCCAGUAUUCCUUCGGCAGUAAAGAAUGCCAUUGUACAUCGCCAGACGGAGCCAUUGAAGAUGCCACAACUUUCAUUUUCAGCGUCUCCCAUCAACUACUGUCCUAUCAAACGGCGCCUUGA